UCUCUCUCUCUUUUCCCCAUUUCCUUUUGUCUCUUCCGUCUUUUUCUCUAUCACUGCAUUCCCUCUCCAAGCUCAAACAAUCAGAAACCCCACAAACCCACACACACUCUCUUCACUGCCUCCCCUUUCAUUUGAACAAGCCAGUUUUCUUGACUAGGGUUCCAUGCAAUGAUCAGCAAGAAAAUGACGCCAAUCGGAAAGAAUGUGCUGGUGUUGGCUCUCACCCUUUUGGUCUUGUUUGGUGGGUUUUCGUCUGCUCAAGCCACUUACCCUUCCCCUGCAAAGAUUGUUAGUGGGUUUCUCUCCAAUGCUGUUUCUGUUCUGAUGAAAUGGUUGUGGUCCCUCAAAGCUACCACCAAAACAGCAAUUACUGGCCGUCCGUUGAUGAAGUUUGAGAGUGGGUAUAAUGUUGAGACAGUGUUUGAUGGGAGCAAGCUUGGGAUAGAGCCCCAUUCUGUGGAGGUGUUGCCUAGUGGGGAGCUUCUUGUUCUGGACUCUGCUAACAGUAAUCUCUACAAGAUCUCCUCCCCUUUGUCUCAAUAUAGCCGGCCGAAGCUGGUUGCUGGAUCUGCAGAAGGAUACUCUGGACAUGUAGAUGGGAAACCAAGAGAGGUAAGGAUGAACCACCCAAAGGGGCUUACAGUGGAUGACAGAGGAAACAUUUAUAUUGCUGAUACUAUGAAUAUGGCAAUCAGGAAAAUAGGUGAUGCAGGGGUUACAACAAUAGCAGGAGGCAAAUGGAGUCGUGGAGGUGGCCAUGUAGAUGGACCUAGUGAAGAUGCAAAGUUUUCGAAUGAUUUUGAUGUGAUAUACAUCGGAAGCAGUUGCUCUCUCCUUGUCAUAGACAGAGGAAACCAGGCAAUUCGAGAGAUUCAACUGCACUUUGAUGACUGUGCUUACCAAUACGGAAGUGGUUUCCCUCUUGGAAUCGUUGUUCUUGUAGCAGCUGGCUUCUUUGGUUACAUGUUGGCAUUGCUGCAACGAAGGGUUGGUACCAUCGUAUCUCCAUCGGAUGAUGAGACCACACCCAAAUUGAGCAUUCCUCCAACAACGUAUCAGAAGUCAAUGAAAUCUUCUGUGAGGUCACCCCUAAUUCCUACUGAGGGCGAACAAGAACAGCAAGAAGAAACCUUCUUUGGGUCUAUUGGAAGGCUUCUUGUCAACACUGGUUCAUCAGUCACAGAAAUCCUUGGAUCAACAUUUCCCGGGUUUAGAAAGAAGCCACUAAGGUAUCAAUACCAAUCGCAACAACACCAAAACCACAAGUAUUCAAAUGCUUGGCCAGUACAAGAGAGCUUUGUGAUACCAGAUGGAGAUGAGCCACCUUCUAUUGAAACACGGACCCCAACCCCGCGUAAAACAUAUGCGUUCAUGUCCAAAGAUGCCGAGAAAAUGCAACAGCUGAGGCAGAGCCGUAACUUUUACAGUGGAUGGGAUGGGGAUUUCUCGCAGCAGCAGCAGCAGCCCCCCAUUCAGAAACAGCAGCAUCACCAUCAGUAUCAAUCAUCGGCCCCACAAACUUACUAUGAGCGGAGCUAUGAGAAAACCAAUGAGAUUGUGUUUGGAGCAGUUCAGGAGCAAGAUGGGCGGCGUGAAACUGUGGUGAUAAAGCCUCUGGAUCACAGCCAUCCUAUCGGUAAUAGCCGUAGUAUUCGCUCUCGAAUCAGUUUGAUGGGAUAUACCCAUGGGUAUUGAUCAGUGUAUACAUUGAGUUUUUGGCAUUUCGAAACAAGUCCAAUAUUUUAGGGUAUGGAUGUAUAAGAAAAAUAACAUUUUGGAAAGUGGAGAUUGGUUGGGGGGAGUAGAUUUGGUGCCAAGUGCAAGUUGCCCUUGGUGGCCAAAGAACUUGAAAUUGAUGCAAGAUGUAGCCUUAAGGAAAUUUGAAGUGCUAUGAAAGUGGAUUCAAAGA